ACAACAGAUGGAGUUUCCUCCGUGACUCGAUCACACCCUCCUCGCUUCUGACGGCCACAGUUCCCAGUGAGGGAUUAAGGGAGGAGCAGAAAACACUCCCCCGGCGUCUGCAGACAGGUGUUUCCAUCCUCUGGCUGCGCGCUGCGCGCUGAGCUCCAUCCACGACCACACCUGCCCACAGAGCCGCGUCUGCGCGCACAUGUGGAUCAGAGAGACGACGCGCGGAGCCCGCGCUCGUGCGCAUUCGCUGGGAUGCUGAGGAGGAGACACAGUCGGGGGGACAUGCAGCGCGCCGCGGGGGACGUCUCCGCAACGCUUCACGGCGGAAUGGGUGCUUCCUAUUUUUUUAAGUUUCACUUUCUUUCCUCGGAUACGAGUAACGUCUGAGGUGACGGGCAUGACUCACCUGGACUUCAUCUAACAGGCUUCCUCGUCUUGUCGUUUGAUUCGCCUGGUCGUUGAUACAUUUAAAGGAUCGCGGUGCAGGUGCCUCAGCUCGUCGCCACCGUCCUCUGGUUCGCGGACGUUUUCCCCAGCGUGUUGCCAAACUGGCCAUGGCUGCAGCGAUCGCCAGCUCCCUCAUAAGACAGAAGAGGCAGGCGAGGGAGCGGGAGAAGUCGAACGCCUGCCGCUGCGUGAGCAGCCCCAGCAAAGCCAAAGGCAGCUGUGAAAAGCCCAGUCGACUGAACGUCUUCUCCCGGGUCAAACUCUUCGGCUCCAAGAAGCGGCGAAGGAGACGACCAGAGCCCCAGCUGAAGGGGAUUGUGACAAAGCUGUACAGUCGACAAGGUUUCCACUUGCAGCUGCAGGCAGAUGGAACCAUAGAUGGAACGAAAGAGGAAGACAAUGGUUACACCGUAUUCAACCUUAUUCCAGUGGGGCUGCGAGUGGUGGCCAUCCAGGGGGUGCAGACCAAACUCUAUCUGGCUAUGAACAGUGAGGGCUACCUAUACACAUCAGAACACUUUACACCAGAGUGCAAAUUCAAGGAGUCGGUGUUCGAGAACUACUAUGUGACAUACUCUUCGAUGAUAUACCGGCAGCAGCAGUCGGGCAGGGGCUGGUACCUCGGCCUGAACAAGGAAGGAGAAAUCAUGAAGGGGAACCAUGUCAAGAAGAACAAGCCAGCAGCCCACUUCCUUCCCAAACCUCUGAAGGUGGCCAUGUACAGAGAACCAUCCCUGCAUGACUUGACAGAGUUCUCCCGCUCCGGCAGCGGCACACCCACCAAGAGUCGGAGUGCCUCGGCCGUGCUCAACGGAGGCAAAGCCGUGAGCCAGAAUGAGUCGACGUAGCCCGGUUACCAAUAUCCAGGCCUGUGGCCGAACCAAGAAACCUUACCUCCAGCAGAGCGUGAAUCUAAGCAGACUCCUUUCACCGAUCAGCGGUUCAAGGACUGGUUACGACAACACACAAAACACCCACACACCAUCUUUAUAAUAAUAAAAAAAACAGUUAGGCACCAUCCUGGUCAAUCAUUGUUUCCGUCUGAAAAUAGUAUGAAAAAUGAAGAAACUUAAAAUGGCACAUUAACCACUCUGGAGUUGAAAACAAAUUAUAAUUGUUUUUGGCCUUGAGAUUAAUUUAUUGCCUUGGUCACUCUCUUUUGGUGAUGCUUGCAUACCAGUUAGCUCAUCUUAAUCUCACUUUUUAUUUUUCUUAAUUUCGUGUGGACACCAAGCACUCGUGCAUCAGUCAGACAGGGACAGGAAGUUAGGCAUGUAGGCGUUCAGGGUAACCAGUAAUGGUGCUGGUCUACCAGGCUGCAGAGGUACAGUACAAGCCCUGAUCUCUGUCUCUUUCCUGCUUCUGUGAAUACAAAGCCUAUAAACUCCCUGGUGUGGCACAGUCAAGAGUUGCUGGGACUGUGGCCAACCAGACGGUAGCUCUCCUGCAUCCUAGUGCACACGCUCAGAGACUGAGCUCUCUAAGCAUGGGAAAAUGAAGCCUAUGUUCAGCUGACCUGAAAUAUAAGGGGACAGUGUGGCUCUCUUGCAGUUUUUUCCCCAGAGAUACCACAACUGCACCUUGUUUUAUGCUAAUUUUCUGAAUUAACAGAGAGCUUAUUAUUUGAUAACUGGUUUUGUUUUUGUCCCCUAUUGUUCUCUUCCCUUGGCAUUGUUCCGUAUUUUUGUUGCCGUUUCGUCAUUGAAAGGGGUUCCAGCAAACCAAAGACAGAACGUCAGAGUGUCCCUUUAAGCCACUGAAAACCAAGUCCGAAUAAAGGCAAAGCUGGAAUUUUUUCAAUGUACAUUUUUUUUAUGAAAGAAAGCAAAGAUUUUGAGGGGCAAAGAGGAACAAUGGACAAAGGAAGUGAUUUUAAACACUUUAAAGUUGGCAGCGUGCUUGAUGUUGUGCUUUUUGCUGAUGUGCUCAAUGGCCGAGGUCUGAAACGAUGACUCUGUGUCCCCAUUCCCUUCUGUUACCACUGUGUUCAUGAUGUCUCUCGUCUUUUGUCCUCGUGAUCUGUUUUUUCCCCUCUGUGCUUGUGUCAUGCUUCAACCCCACUGCCAUCCUUUUUUGUCGACUUCUAUUGACUAAUACAGUUCACCAUAGCAAUAUGGUGCAACAAGCCCCUUCCCAGGAUGCUUGUUAUGUGUUUGAGUAACUUAUUGUGGUGACAAUAUUUUCUAUAUUUAAAGAAAAAGAAUACUGUGGACUUUUAGGUGGCUUAACAUUUUAUAGGACACGUCAUAUUUGUAAAAGUGAAGAAAAAAAAACAUACUAAAAUGAACAUCUUCCCUUUCUUGCACAGGGCAUGUACAAACACUUAUGAACAAAAAGGACCCUUUUUGUGGGCUAUGUACCCUUCCCUUCAGCUACAUAACUUCUUUCUGGUACAGGCUUCUGGGAGGCUUUCUUUUCUUGGUUUCCUCCAGAGGGGGUUUGUAUUAGGUAAACCUAUCUGUUGCAUGGGAGAAAGCAGGGAAAUUCUGGUCUAGAGCUGCAUGAUGUAGGCUAUGUAUAUUAACUCAUGUUGGAACAUGUGUUCCAAACUACCAGGCUAAAUCUGAUAAAACAACAUAUACAGGCAGACAUUGUGGCUGUCUGAUAACUUCCAGUUGUUUAUUAUUUGUUGUAUACACAAAAAUGCACUGAAUAAAAUGUUUAUAUUAAGAUAUACUUUUAAAA